AUGUUACUGAAGCUUGUUUGCCUCCUAAAUUUUAAUUUAUUUGAAUUUUCAGGGUCUUAUAUGGUUAACUGGUCUCCUAACCUUCAGACUGCAGUUUCUGACUUGGAAGUUGAGCAUUCUGAAGAGCCGGGUACUUUGUUUUACCUUAAGUACCGUGUUGCUGGAGGUUCAAGAAAUGACUUUUUGACUAUAGCUACCACUAGGCCGGAGACACUUUUUGGUGAUACUGCUGUAGCUGUGCAUCCUGAGGAUGAGCGCUAUUCGAAGUACAUAGGUAGACAGGCAAUUGUACCUUUAACAUUUGGUAGGCAUGUUCCAAUCAUUGCAGACAAGUAUGUAGAUAAAGAAUUUGGAACCGGAGUUCUGAAGAUAAGCCCUGGGCAUGAUCACAAUGAUUACCAUCUUGCUAGAAAGCUUGGACUUCCUAUACUCAAUGUGAUGAAUAAAGAUGGCACUCUUAAUGAGGUUGCUGGAUUGUACAGUGGAUUAGAUCGGUUUGAGGCUCGGAAGAAAAUAUGGUCAAAUCUUGAAGAGACUGGCUUGGCAGUAAAAAAGGAACCCCAUGCUUCACGAGUUCCAAGAUCCCAGCGUGGUGGAGAAGUAAUAGAACCACUGGUGAGCAAACAGUGGUUUGUGACUAUGGAGCCAUUAGCUGAAAAGGCGCUCCAUGCACUUGAGAAGGGAGAGUUAACUAUUCUUCCUGAACGAUUUGAUAAGAUUUAUAAACAUUGGUUAACUAACAUUAAGGAUUGGUGCAUAAGUAGACAAUUAUGGUGGGGGCAUCGGAUACCAGUUUGGUACAUUGUAGGUAAAGAUUGUGAGGAAGAGUAUAUUGUCGCAAGGAAUGCUGAAGAAGCAAUGGCAAAAGCUAAUGAACGAUAUGGAAAAUCAGUUGAAAUUUAUCAAGAUCCUGAUGUUCUUGACACUUGGUUUUCAAGUUCAUUGUGGCCUUUUAGUACGCUGGGCUGGCCUGAUUUAUCAUCUGAAGAUCUUAAAAAGUUCUAUCCAACAACUGUUCUGGAGACCGGACAUGACAUUUUGUUCUUUUGGGUUGCUCGAAUGGUCAUGAUGGGAAUAGAGUUCAUAGGGACUGUUCCAUUUUCCUAUGUUUAUUUGCAUGGACUUAUCCGUGAUGCUCAAGGAAGAAAAAUGUCCAAGACAUUGGGAAAUGUUAUAGAUCCAAUAGAUAUCAUAAAUGAAUAUGGCACAGAUGCCUUACGAUUCACACUUUCUCUUGGAUCAGCUGGCCAGGACCUUAACCUGUCCACUGACAGAUUGACUUCUAACAAAGCUUUCACCAACAAGCUAUGGAAUGCUGGAAAAUUUAUUUUGCAGAAUUUGCCGUGUGAAAGAGAUGGCUCUAAACUAGUAGAUAUACUGACUUAUAAGUUUGACACACAGGAAUCCCUUAUGAAUCUACCUCUACCAGAAUCCUGGGUGGUGUCAGAACUGCAUAGUCUCAUUGAUAGUGUCACUUCUAGCUAUGAGAAAUUUUUCUUUGGAGAUGCUGGUAGAGAAAUAUAUGAUUUUUUCUGGGGUGCUUUUGCUGACUGGUACAUUGAAUCUAGCAAAACUCGCCUGUAUCACUCUGGAAGUCAUUCAGAUGCUUCUAUGGCACAGUCUGUUCUUCUAUAUGUCUUUGAAAACAUUUUGAAGCUGCUACAUCCUUUCAUGCCAUUUGUCACUGAAGAAUUAUGGCAGGCUUUACCAUUUCGAAAACAAGCUCUUAUAGUAUCUCAAUGGCCUCAGUGUUCACUUCCAAAAAAUAACAAAUCGGUGAAAAGGUUUGAAAAUCUACAAUCAUUGAUUAGAGCAAUUAGGAAUGCAAGAGCUGAAUACUCAGUUGAGCCCGCGAAACGCAUCUCUGCAUUUGUUGUUGGAAACGCUGAGGUCCUUGGUUAUGUAUCUAGCGAGAAACAAGUUGUGGCUCUUCUAUCGAGAUUGGAUAUACAAAAUGUUCAUUUCAUGGAAUCUCCUCCAGAUUGUGCAAAGCAUUCAGUGCACCUAGUGGUUGGGGAUGGUUUGGAAACUUAUCUUCCUCUUGCAGAUAUGGUGGACGUGUCUGUUGAAACUCAGCGCCUUAUUAAGCGCCUUUCCAAAAUGCAAGCAGAAUAUGAUGAUCUCCUUGCUCGCCUUAGUUCUCCAAGCUUUAUACAUAAGGCGCCUGAGGAGAUUGUUCGUGGAGUUAGAGAAAAAGUAAGCGAAGCUAUGGAGAAGAUAACUCUCACAAAAAGCCGGCUGGCCCUGCUUGAAUCAUCAAUUCCUCAGUCAAGAUGAUUCCUUCUGCACGUUGUGGUAUAAAUUUUUGUUCCAUCGAUUUUUUUAAUAUUUGAUUUCCGAGCUAGUGAGCUCAGCACUUGAAGAAUACAGAGUGUCGCUAAUGCUUUAUUGAUUAUAGUUCAUUGAUGUUAUCUUGAGAUUCUAUGGAUCAUGAGAAGGCCGGUGAGUUGCAUGAAGCUUUAAAAACAUAACUCAAAGUGAGAGAUUCUAAGUUCCUUGGAGAGAUUAUGUGAGAGAUUUUGAUGUAAUAGAAUUUUGACUAAUGGUUUGAUAUUUGAUAUACUUAUACUCGAUCAAUGGCCCGUUAUUUAUAUU